AUGAGAAAUUUAAAUAAAAUUCCAUUUAGAUAUAUAACUAGACUAGGUACAAAACCAACUAUUCCACAACCAAGAAACUUUUUCAGAAUCGUUAAUCAAUAUGAAAAAGGUGUCGUUUUUACUUUAGGUAAAUUUAGCAGAAUCUUAGAACCAGGUUUUCGUAUCGUUAUCCCUCUUCUUGAAGAGUCAACUAUCAUUGAUUUUAGACUUCAAUCAUACACAUUAGAUAAACAAGAAAUUAUUUCAAAAGAUAAUAUUUCAUUAAUUGUUGAUGCCGUUGUUUUUUAUAGAGCUAAUGACCCAGAACUUUUAGUUAAUAAAGUAUUAGAACCAGGUAAAAUUGUUCAAGAAUUUGUUCAAAUUAAAAUUCGUGAACUUUUAUCAAACAAUACACUUCAUGAAAUUUUAGUUAAUCGUGAAAAAUUCUCACAAGAAAUAUAUGAAUCAGCAUCAACUUUAGAAGAGUGGGGUAUAAAGAUUGAAAGAGUUAAUUUAAAGGAUAUUAAAUUUGAACAAUCAAUCGUUAGAGCAAUGGCAAAAGUAGCCGAAGCAGAGCAAUUACGUCAAUCUAAAUUAAUUCAUGCACAAUCAGAGGUUCAAACAGCAGAACAGAUUUUAGCCGCCGCAACAAUGCUCGAAAAGAGUCCCGUUGCAAUUAGAAUUAAAGAGUUGGAUAUCCUUUCACAAAUUGCUAAAGAGCAAUCAAACACUAUUGUAUAUAUCCCAGGCAGCGUUUUUGAAUCAGUACCAAAGAUCCAACAAGAUUCGUCCCCAAUCCAACUUAACAAUCAAUAA